CUUUCGCGAAGCUGACAAACACUUUUUCAUUUAUUGUAAUUAUUGCCGCAAUUCAUUGUAGUUUAGUUUUUAUCAGAGCUUGUGAAAUAUAAAUAUUACAGCAAAAUGUCUGCACGUUAUGAUCGCGCUGUAACUAUCUUCUCCCCAGAUGGUCAUUUGUUACAAGUGGAAUAUGCACAGGAAGCAGUGCGUCGAGGAUCUUCUGCUGUUGGAGUUCGAGGAAAAGAUGUGGUUGUGUUGGGUGUAGAAAAAAAAUCAAUGCCUACUUUGCAAUUAGAUCGGACAGUUCAGAAAAUUUGUACAUUGGAUGAACAUGUAAUCAUUGCAUUUGCCGGUUUAACUGCUGAUGCUCGUAUUCUUAUUAAUCGAGCUAGAGUCGAAUGUCAAAGUCACAAAUUGAAUGUUGAGGAUCCCGUCACCUUGGAAUAUAUAACACGGUACAUUGCUCAAUUAAAACAAAAAUACACACAGAGCAAUGGUAGACGACCCUUUGGAAUAUCGUGUUUGAUCGCUGGAUUCGACAGUAAUGGUGAACCACAUCUUUACCAGACUGAACCUUCUGGAAAUUAUUAUGAAUGGAAAGCCAAUGCCGUUGGUCGUGCUGCAAAAACCGUUCGCGAGUACUUAGAAAAGCACUACAAAGAGGAAAGCGUUGCAGAAGAAGACUCGGCAGUGAGGCUCACAAUAAAAGCGCUUCGUGAGGUAGCACAGUCCAGUGGGAAUUUAGAAAUUGUUGUAAUGAAAAAAGCAGAAAAACCUGGUGAUGCACCAAAAUUGGUUACACUUUCUGCGGAAGAAGUAAAAAAACACGUUGAAGCUAUUAAGCAAGAAAAAGAAGAAAACGAGAAGAAAAGCCAGAAAAAGUAAAUAUUUUUUGGAUCCUUAUCACAUACCUUUGCUUUUUCUUAAACUAAAAGUUUAUGUAAUCGGAAAUAAAAUAUAUUAAAUAAAGAUUUAUACAAUCAACGUCA